AUGGCCCCUAAGUCAGUCCCCACCACUACUGGAGGGCUUAUCACCUGGGUCUUCCAAGUCAGGGUCAUCAGCUACUCUUGCAAGUACAGUCUUGUACACGGAGGGGGUGCCAUACUUAUCCAGAAGCUCAUCUUCAAUUAUGCCUUCAGAUACACCAGAUACAGCCAUUUCAGCCACCGUGCAGGACAGUUUUGCCAGCCCCGAUGGACCAUCUACUUCACAGGAUGCAGUGUCCAAGAGCUGUGUCUCAUCAGGAUCAGCAAAGUACAUUUUUGUUGUGUUCAGUCACAGAUUGUUUUCGACGCUCGUAAGAUUUUGAUGGAGCACCCAAAAGGACCUACCAUUAUAAAGGAGUACCACAAGAACAGAUACAUAUGCCCAGGUUCAAGGAUGACUCUUGUCAGCGUGCUUGUUGCACAUCUUAUUGCAAAAUGUGGAAGUUAUCCAACCAUUGAAGAGAAGCAUGCACUUGGAAGAUCAGUAAUCACCCUGUUUCCAAAUCUCUCGGAUUCGAGUGGAAAAACAGGAUACGAGCAUUUCUUCUGCUCAGCAGGAGGACAGAGUGGCUACAUACAAGACAAGCUGAAGAACAUGCGGCGCAGUCUACCUCAAUCAGCCAAGCUGAGGAUGAAGAAAGACACUCCAAAGCCUUGCCCUAAAGAGGACUUGCCUUGCAAAUUGCUACCAGAGUCGGAAGCAGAAGAACUGGAGUCCUUUUGCCGAAAUGCCCUUGGUGACCGAAACAAAACGGCCGUCACUAAAGCUAUGGCCCAGUCUGCACCAAAUAGGAGGGCAUGGAUUAAUGCAGAGGAACCCUUUCUGUCUGUAAUCCUCCAGAAGUACCCUCGCUUCAUGGACAUGCCAGAAUUGAUUGAUCAGGAUUUCAAAGCCAUCUUCAGUGAUCCUGCUGAUAACCUUUUGCAAAAGUGGGCCAAUCACGCGCAGAUGCUGCUGACAUAUGCCUCAACCUGUAAGCAGGAGAGAGUGGUUAAAGUGCACCAGGACUUCAGGGCACAAACUUCAAGGAAAACCGAAGAGCUGACAGCACUGUAUGGCUUCUUGGUCUUGCUGCGCCUGUUGCCAUCUUACAAUACCAAGGCCAAGGGUCGUGUUUCCUGUGAAGAUGUUGACAGGCUCUUGGUGAAAUUUUUUGAGGUGAAUGUGCCUUUGGAAGAGACUCUGCAUGAUAAGACGACCAAGCAACCCACCCUGGUAGUCCUCGGCACCAAAUCUUCGAUGGAACAGAUUCUGCUGAAGAUAGAAGAGUUCGGGUUCCACCUCCCAUCAACCAACAUCACAGCAGCAGUCGACCUACUGUUCAAAAGCCACUAUAUCUUCAAUCUUGAAUACUCACCUCAACUCUUCAACUUCUUUCUGUACUUACAGACACAAAUCUAUGGUCUUGAGUACACAGGCAAGUUACCUCCGAGGGUGACAGAAAUUGCCAUGGCACUGAAAGCACUUUAGAUGCAAAGCCAUGCCUCCAUGCCAUGUUAUUGCCACUAUGUUAGACCCUUUUGAGUAGAGUCCA